UCCGAAGUCUUUCGGCGCAUACGCGAUACUCGCGGAUUCGUCUCACGGUGCUACCAGUACUACCUGAUGCGUUUUUGUUUUCCAAACUGUUGAGUGUACGGUUAUGUAACACAGGUGGUGUGCAGGAUGUCUUGCUAGUGAAUAUCAUGCGGUACUUCAUCAAAGCUGUGCCGGUGCCAAGUCGUUCUUUGGAUAUUUAUGACUUCCUUGAGAAUAUGGGUAGAGUAUAUGUUCGCAAAACCACCCGUGCUUCAUUUAGUGAAGAAGCAUUGGCAGAGGCUAUGCAAAAGGUAAUUUCAAGAGAAAUGGGCACAAAUGAAGCAAGUAGAGCGUAUGGGAUUUCAUCUCGUACUUUACGAAGGCAUUUGAUCGCCAAGUCUUCAAAAGUACGCUUAGGCCGUUGUCCAGAAAUAGGAAUAGAACACGAAAGAAGGCUGGUCUUACAUAUAAAGGCCCUUGAAAGAGUUGGCUUUGCACCAGAUGCUACUUCUGUUAAAAAAAUGGCAUUUUCAUUUGCAGAGAAGCUUCAUUUAAAUCACCGAUUUUCCAGAGAAGCCAAAUCAGCUGGGGAUGAUUGGUUUCAAGGGUUUUUGCGACGUAAUAGAGAGCUUAGUAUCAGAAAGUCAGAAGGGCUCUCACUAGCUAGGGCAACAGGAAUGAACAGAACAGAUGUUAGCAAUUUUUUUACUCUUUUGCGCGAUGUCAUCAUAAAAAAUAACUUGCUUAAUAAACCAGAUAAAAUAUUCAAUGUCGAUGAGACAGGCAUUCAGAUUAACAACAAGCCUGGGAAAGUAGUAGCAACUAAAGGGACAAAAGAUGUUUAUUCAUUGACAACAUCAGAAAGAGGAGAAAAUAUUUCCUUAGUUUCAUGCUGCAACGCAGAAGGUUACUUUUUGCCACCUGUUUUAAUAUUUAAAGGAAAGAACAAAAAAGAUGAAUUUUUGGAUGGUCUUCCUCCCGGAUCCGGGCCAAAUAAAGCUCAACCUUCUACUUCCUUCUCUCCUGGACAUACAAACAUGGGUGUUUCUGAUAUGUCUACCGAUUCUCAAACCUCCAACGAAGCCUCAGAAGUUUCAUUAAAUUUAGAAGAAAAAGAAACUCCUUCAAAAUUUUUAAGAGAAGAUAACCCAAUUCCUCUAAUACCUAAUACAAUUCCGAAAAGGAAACAACAUGCUUUAGAACUGACGUCUCCUGAAAAUCGGAGAAAAAAAAAACAAGCUCAAGAUAAAAAAGACAAACGAAAAAAGCCGAGCGAAAAUGAGAAAAAAAUUAGGAGGAAAGCCUGCGUUAAACAAGUUAAAAGAAAACAAAAUGUAUCAAGUUCGUCUUCGUCGGAAACUGAACCACAUUUUAGCUCCUCUGAAGACUUAUCUGAUGACACUGAUGAUUACUGCCUUGAAUGUCGCGAAUACUACUACACCACCAAAUCUAAGGUUGACUGGAUUCAAUGUGAAGCAUGUAGUAAAUGGUUACAUGAAACCUGCACGAACCACACAAACAUAAAUCAAGUCAUGUCAACAGAAAUCACAAUUGCGUCCAUGAAAUUACCUUGUGGCGGUUCUAAAGCACCUAUUUCAGAUCCAAACCAAACAUGUGAAAGUACGAUGCUGUAG